AGGUACAGAGACCAGCGCUAAUUACUCUCUCUCUUUCUCUCUCUCUCUUUCUUUCUCCGCCCGGUCUCCCUCGUUUUCCCUCCCUCCUCCUCCUCCUUGCCAGUGAAGGAGACAAGCAGGGGAACGAACAGCAGGGCUGGGGAAGUGAAACAGUUUGGAGACAGAAACUAAAAGAGAAAAAGAAGAGAAACUUCAAGUUUUUUCAUCACUCUGGACUGUCAAGACUUGUGAGAACAGACACGAUAACGGGUGAAAUACAGAGAAACAGGGAUGAAUGUGGCUGAUCUGCUGUGCCUUUGAUUAAUGCAACACGUAGAUUCUCUUUGACAGCUACUAGAAGCGCAGACUGUGUGUGUGAAAGCGAGAGACUGACCGAGAGACAGAAGAGGGUAACCGCUGACGCCAGACAGUCAGAAGGCCUGACUGAGUGUGUGUGUGUGACUGUGUGAGUGAAACAUCACAGAACACACACCAGCUACACUGCCACUCGGACACACAUUCAUUCACCUGAAAAGCCAGACUCCAAUCCUGAUUGGAUGCUUAUUUCAGAAUGACAGCAGAAGACUCCGCCUCUGCCGUUGCUAUGAGUAACCCUAGCCCUUCCUCCUCUUCUAAGGCCUCCUCUGGGCAUCCGCAGCAUCACAGCGCCAUCCCAGAGGGAGUGGCUGGGGCCCCCAAUGAAGCUGCCCUUGUGGCCUUGAUGGAGCGGUCAGGUUAUGGUAUGGUGCAAGAAAAUGGACAGCGCAAAUAUGGGCCACCACCUGGCUGGCAAGGCCCCUCCCCUCCACGUGGCUGUGAAAUCUUUGUGGGUAAAAUCCCACGUGACGUUUACGAGGACGAGCUGGUGCCAGUAUUUGAGACAGUUGGACGGAUCUACGAGAUGCGGCUAAUGAUGGAUUUUGACGGGAAGAACCGCGGGUACGCGUUCGUCAUGUAUACGCAGAAGCAUGAGGCUAAGCGAGCAGUUCGUGAACUCAAUAACUUCGAAAUUCGCCCAGGAAGGUUGCUAGGUGUCUGCUCUAGUGUAGAUAACUGCCGCCUCUUCAUUGGCGGAAUCCCAAAAACCAAGAAACGUGAGGAGAUCCUGGAGGAAGUUUCCAAGGUGACAGAAGGGGUGCUGGAUGUGAUUGUGUACGCGAGUGCUGCGGAUAAGAUGAAGAAUCGUGGCUUUGCCUUUGUAGAGUAUGAGUCUCACCGUGCUGCUGCUAUGGCCAGAAGAAAGCUCAUGCCAGGACGAAUUCAGCUCUGGGGUCACCAGAUUGCAGUUGACUGGGCAGAACCUGAGAUUGAUGUUGACGAGGACGUCAUGGAAACAGUGAAGAUUCUGUACGUGCGGAACCUGAUGAUAGAAACCAGUGAGGAUACUCUACGCCAAACCUUCAGCCAGUUCAACCCUGGCUGCGUGGAACGUGUCAAAAAAAUCAGAGACUAUGCCUUUGUUCACUUCGCCAGUCGAGAUGAUGCUGUGGUUGCAAUGGACAACCUGAAUGGCACAGAGAUCGAAGGUUCCCGUAUCGAAGUCACCCUGGCCAAGCCUGUGGAUAAAGAGCAGUACACCCGCUAUCAGAAAGCAUCGAAGGGAACAGCGGCUGCGACACCUACUGACAACACCCAACAAAGUUACGUGUAUCAGUGUGACCCGUAUACACUCGCCUAUUAUGGGUAUCCCUACAGCACACUCAUUGGACCCAACCGAGACUACUUCAUCAAAGCAGGUACUGUAAGAGGCCGUGGCCGCGCUGGGGCCGCUAAUAGGGGCCCAGGGCCCCGCGGCUCAUACCUUGGUGGCUAUUCAGCUGGCCGAGGCAUUUACAGCCGCUACCAUGAAGGAAAGGCCAAAUUGCCGGACAAACCUUACGAGAUCAUGCCCAAUCUAGAGCUGGCAGCUGUGAACCCAGUGGGCAUCAAGCCUGGCACAAUGGCUCUUCCAGGCCUGGGUGCCCAGUACCCUGCUGUGUUUUCUGCUGCCCCUGCAACUAAGUUAAUGGAGGAAGGGAAGAUGCACCCAGUGGAGCAUCUGAUAAAUCCUUUGGCCCUCCAGCAUGACCCCACAGCUGCUUCGGCCACUGCUGCAGUCAUACCUGCGGUCUCCACACCACCGCCUUUCCAGGGUCGUCCUAUAACUCCCGUCUACGCAAUGGCUCACAAUGUCCAGAGGAUCCCGGCCGCAGCCGCCAGUCUAUAUGGAGCCGGUUACAUGCCUAUCGCUGCCCACGCCAACACCGCCACGCUGGCAGCGCUGCAGAAGAACGCCGCUGUGGCAGCCGCCGCAAGCUACGGAGGGUAUGCGGGGUACAUGCCCCAGGCCUUCCCUGCCGCCGCAGCCUUUCAGAUGCCCAUUCAUGAUGUAUACCAGACCUACUGAGACACCCACAGCAUCAAUCACAAUGACUUACAACUACACACACCAUAUCGCCACAGGCCAUCAGACAUUUACGCCACAUCUAUGAGGUCUGCUGGUUAAUUGAACCACGCAGAGUGAAACUGACAUACAACAAAACUAACACCUUCUGACUCGUGUGAAGCUCCCUGGAAGCCUUUAGAUUAGAUGCUGGCAGCAAGGAUGUAGAUUUCUGCUAAAUUAAUUCACAACUUCAUCAGCCCCUCUGGCCCACAUUUAUUAAUCCGGACGUAUGACCUAGACCAAAACCACUUUUGUAUGCUACUGAUUAACUUACAAAGACAGGUAGACUUUUGUGUUAUAGCUAUGGACUCAAACCCUGCAAUGUGACCACAACCUCACCUAUUUUCCCUUUAGAUCAAUAGGAAGCAGUCUGUCAUUUUUUGACUUCCUAAAGGAAUUGACGACACUUGCUGAUUUCCAAAGCCAUCACACGACUGAAUGAAUGACAACUCCUGUUCUCGCACACGCAUAUUUUAUCAGAGGUCUUGUAUAUUAGCUGAAUACCAGUACAGCUGUGGACUGACUCCGAGUGAUAUGUUCAUAUGAAGUAAUCUAAAAUAAGACUUGCAGAAGCACACCUACUGACAUAUCACCGUCUUCCCCACACACUCCAGCUGAAAAUCGUGAGCCAGAGCGUUCCUGUCGCUGCACACUCCUCUGCAUUCAAUACUGAAGGAACGACGUAGUAUUUGUCGACUUUAAAAAGAACGUAUUUAAAGCCUCUCUAAACUUUAGUGCAUUUACUUAUGUUUUAUGAAGAACAAAACUGCUGAGCAGGAACUUCAACAACCACAGAAGUAGAAGACUUUAAGUGUUUCAUGAAAAUGCUGUAUUUUAAGUUUAUAACAUAUGCUUGCAAAAUGUGUUGAAGACGUCGGAAUCUUCCGUCCACUGGGUUUCCUGCACGCGAGUCUAUAUGCAAAUACCUGCAUUCUGUUUUCCCGCCUUUUUAUAUUUAGAAUAUUUUAAGAUUGUAUUGUUUAGCUGGUUUAAAAAUGUUGUUUUUAUUGUGUAGAGGAUAUUUUUCAUCUCGAAACUGGAAGACAAACACUGUUUUCAUUCACAUUCUCAGAGGCAAAAUGUGUGUUCAAGUAAAAGAAAACUGGAAAAAGUGUUUUUCAGUCAGUCGGAUAUCUGCUAGAUUACAUUUAUUCCCUGGAAAAAGGGAUAGUUCACCCAAAAAUGAAAUUACAUCCCUGCUGAAAAAAAUAGCCUAAGCUGGUUGGCUGGUUUUAGCUGGUCUCUGACCAGUUAAGACCAGCCUGGCAGUGGCCAAAACCCCUCUACAACCAGCCUGCUGACCAGCUAAGACCUUAGGCUUAGGCUGUUUUUUUUUCAGCAGGGAUGUCUUUCCAAACCUGUGUAACUUACUUUCUUUGGUGGAACAUGAAUGAAUCCGUUUUUCCUUCUCUGUACAAUGGAAGUCAAUGGUAACCAAACCUUUUAGGUCACCAACAUUUUUCAAAAUAUCUUCAUUUGUGUUCUGCUGAAGAAAGAAAUUCAGGUUUUUUGUAAAGUUCAUUUUUGUGUAAACUGUCCCUUUAAUAUGUUUAAAAAAUGCACAAACUGGACUGACAAAAAAGUAGCUGGGCUGAAGAUAUAGCAUUAUUUAUGAUGACUUAGUUCUGCUUACUUGUACUGGUUGUGUUAGUUGACCAACCUUUAUUUUUCAGACCACUACUGUGAUUCCCAGCAUCCAGUCCUGUGAAGUCUUAUGUGCAUCAUUAGGAGAACACAGGCUCCCUCAUAUUGGCUUUUGUGCCAUUAAUACAAAUUACACCUGAAGUACUGUCCCAUUUACCACUGAACCAAUUAUGUUCAUGUUGUUUAUUAACGGUCUUGAGUUGCAGACCUUGAGUUGCAGAAUAAAAUCAGGUUAAUGGCACGAUACUUUCAUACCUUCUCCUAUAGACACAGCAGAUGGUCCAUCGAGUUUGUAUUUUGUUUCUUUUGUAGUUCUAACCCUGCAUUUUUGUAGAUCACACUCCAUGUAGCUACUGUAACUAACGAUGACUGUUCUGAGGUGCACUUAAACAUUUUAGGGUGUUAGAAGUUCUUGUGUAUGUAUAUGCUUCACAAUAUGUGUGUGAGCAGGCACUUUUGUCUUUUUUUUAGGGGUAUUUUGAUACUCCUAGGUUUGAACUGGACCAAACUGAAACCAGGGAGCUCAGAGAACCUGUUAAUAUCCUCAUUGUCUUUUCAGUGACUGCUGUAAAUCAUAUAAAUGUCCUUCUGAAGACUGCUGUACACCACCACUAUGCCUUCUGUAGGACUGCGUAUGUCACAUGUGCCUUUAUUCAGACUGCUGUCUGUCAAGUGACCUCUUAAACACUGUUUGUGAUACCACAGUGCCUCUUCUGUCCUAUUUUCUUUCAGAACGUCAAGUUUUCUUCUUCUUUUUUUGUGUUAUACUGUUGUUUUUAUGGGGGCUCUGAGUGUUAGAGUGCUGCUUUAUGUUGUAUUAUGCUUUCAUGUGUUUCAUGUUCUAACAGAGUUGAUGUUUUAUUAAGUAUAGCCUGUUUUUUUUAGAAGAGACUGAGUGAAAGUUUGGGGAAAACUUCACGGUGUACCAAACAAAGAAUGACAAUCCGUGCAGUAAGCUAGAGACACGUUUUUACACACUGCCGCCACCAUCGAGGACACACUCCUUCUUUCUCUCUCUCAGAUACGGCAUAUCUGUGUUUUUGAGAAAAGUGAACCAUCCCCAGUAGUUUUUCCUCUGUCUGUUAUCUAAUCUUUUAUUAUGAGCGAAGCAGUCAGGAUAUAUUUAAUAUAUACAGUACAAUGUUUUUGUGUAUGAAGUAAGAGGAAAUGCUAUAAUAUAUUUUAAGAAGAUUUUCCAUCUCAUUAUACUGUAUGUGCUUUAGAGUUUAACAACAAAAACUUCUUUUUUUUGCCAAAGUGUUCAACUAAUGCGAAUGUAUGUAUGUGUGCAUGUAUGUGGCGGUAAGUUGCCAGUUUGGAGUCAAUACUGGCCCAAAUUGAUCAUGCAUUCAUUGGCAAAACAUUCUGUCUUUUGCGAUCAUUUCAUAAACACUACAUGUGUAGCGUUUUUUUUUCCGCCUCCAUUUUUAGACUUGUUUCUUGUUACUAAAAGACAAAUGAACAAGACAAGUCGACCUCGGCAGAGGACAUUUAGAUAAUGUAGAAUGUUAUUGCCAAAAUAUUCUUAUCUUUUCCUUUUUUUAGGUCUACUUAGAACU